UAAGGUGAACAUUGUUUUCUCUCCAGGAGUACCUCCAAAUGCCCAGGGAGAGUAUCCGCACACUGGUGAUGUCAGCAGAGAAAGAUGCAGUGAAGAGGUUUCUGUCUCACAUGCACCAGAGCUGGGACCAGCUGCACGUAGAGACCACUCAGUCCUCUCAGAGAGAACUGCAGGCCAUGGAGACCAUGACAUCCGCCUUCAUCCACAAGUUCCCUCGUGUGACCCCUGACCUCUUCGUCGACCUAUCACAGUUUAUACCUUUCAUGUCCGUCUCUGACAUCAUGAGCUUCCCCACCUCCCUGAUGGUCAACACCAGCGUGUGAGUUACUAGGCCUGAGCUGCC